AUGGCCCAAUCCACCUUGAAGGCGCGAGAGCCCGCAGCCUCCGCGAACAAAGUGCCCACCCUUCACACCCUUCACAAUGUCAAACGCUCGGUGUCCUAUUCGCCGGCGCAGGACGGUGGUCAUACGGCUUCGCGAACCGAAUCGAAUCGCGGAUGCGACCACAUGGUCAAGUCCGCGUUGACGGAGUUGCUGAACGAUGACGGCGUCAAGUCGAAUGCACGCGGUAGUCGAUCUGUGCAGAACAUGCUCAUGGAAAACGAGCGGAAGCGCAAAUCUCAGCGUAGACAGUCGCUGGUUGAGCAUGGGCAAGUGAGAGCGAAGAACGCGGUAUGA